UCUAAUGGAUAACAUGAGGGAGGUACAGUCGGAAGCGGUAGAUAGUCUCACCGGUAGAAGAAGCACCCUGUCGUACAACGGCGUUCAAAUCCCAUGCGAAUGCUCCGAGAAAUCAGCUCUUAGGGUUGUGUUCGUUUCGUGGAAACUGUCACGCGAGACAAAUAUGAUUGAUUGGAUAGGACUAUUUAAUUUUGAUGACGACAAUCCUCUACACUACCUUGAUCAUAAAGGGCGUGGCGUCGUUGGACCUCAAGAGGGUACGGUAGCAUGGAGUGUGAUGCGUGCCAAUCUACCACCUUCAGUUGACACUAUACAAUUCGGAUAUGUGGACGGUUUAACGGGCGAGGUGCUCGCAAGAUCUCCACCGAUUCGUAUCACCAACAGGGCACGUUUGAUAGUUCA